GGAAUGGUCGCAUACGCUAUUCUUUCAGAUGGUAGUCGAAUGGCGGCUUCAAAGUACAGACCUGGCGAGCGUGGAUUUGCAAUGGCACACUUUUCCAACGACCAAACAUUUCAGACGGAAGUCCCAUCGAGUUGUAUCUCAGAGGAUGGUACGGUCUUGAAUUCCCCUAAGCUCCCAAAGGCAGCGAAGGGCAAAAAAAGAACCCAAAAGAAGCCUGCGGCCCACAAGGUCGCCAAGAAGCCUGCCAUGGCGAAAGCUCCUGAUGCGGAUGAUGACGAUCACGAAGGAGCCGAGGAAGAGGAGCAGGACGAGUCCGAGGAGGGCAAGGACCGAGCUGAUGAGACGCCAGCCUACAAGCAGAUUGUCAAGGAUGGCUACGACCUGCUACCAAGAGAGGCGAAAGACUUGAUCGACAAUCCUGACGACGUUGAUAAGAAAACGCUCGUAGCUUACAUGUCCGAGGGAGCGGGUAGCUCGAAUAUACAUAUCACACUUGCAAAAGGAGACAAAGCGUCUCGAACGUUGUACGUUACAAAUGUGACCAAGCUUCCAGAUGACGAGCCAACCCUGAAGAUCAACAAACAGGCUGGCGUUUCACUCGGGUGGCCAACUACGCUCGACGCUGCAGGAGUUAAGCUUCUGUGGGAGCGCGCCGUCAGGAUUUCUGGUUUGCAGAACUCGCCUGGCUAAGACGGCUUGGAUGCGGC